AUGGUCCUAGGCAGCUCGCUGUCCUGUCGAGUGCCCGUGCUGGCCCACGCGCAGCCUCGCGGCUCCUGUCACCGCGGAGCGACCGGCCCUCGGGCCUGGGCUGAGCAGAAGGAGCUGCGGCCUCGCCUGUGCCACAUGAAGAAGGGCCCCAACGGCUACGGCUUCAACCUGCACAGCGACAAGACCCGUCCGGGCCAGUACGUGCGGGCCGUGGACCCCGACUCGCCGGGGGAAGCGGCGGGUCUGCACCGUGUCCCGCAGGUGAAUGGGGUGUGCAUGGAGGGCAAGCAGCACGCCGACGUCGUGGCGGCCAUCAAGGCGGGCGGCGACGAGACCAAGCUGCUCGUGGUGGACGUCCUCACGGACGAGUUCUUCAAGAAGUGCAAGGUGGUGCCCUCGGAGGCCCACCUGGAAGGCCCUUUGCCAGAACCGGUUGCCAAUGGUGACGUAGGGAAGGAGAACAGCGCCGAGCCGCGGCCCAGCUCCAUGAUCGACAGCCCGUCCAGCCCGGGGCCGCUGGCCGCGUCCCCGACCCCGAAGCGCGGGUGCCCGGGGCUCAUGCGGCUCUUGUCCCCGCAGCCCAGCGAGGGCGAGAAGCGCAACUCGGCGCCCGCCUCGCUGCUGGACCUCGACAUCCCGCUGGCCGUGGCCAAGGAGCGCGCGCACCAGAAGCGCACGAGCAAGCGCGCGCCCCAGAUGGACUGGAGCAAGAAAAACGAACUGUUCAGCAACCUGUGAAGGC